AUGACACAUAAGUGUGGGGACCGACUCCCUGAAGUCCGAAUUUCGGACAACGGACCGUAUGAAUGUCACGUGGGGAUUUACGACAGGGCGACCCGUGAGAAGGUGGUCCUGGCCUCAGGCAACAUUUUUCUCAACGUGAUGUCACCUCCCACAUCCAUCUCCGUCAUUGCUGCGGACACUCCAGCUCCCUUCAGCCGCUACCAAGCCCAGAAUUUUACCUUGGUUUGCCUUGUCGCUGGUGGAAAACCUGCCCCCACGGGAUUUACCUUUGUUGGUUUGUAUAUUACAGUGGCUCCAAAGGGCCCCAAAAUUAUGAUGACCCCCACAAGAGCCCGCGUUGGAGACACGGUCCGUAUCCUGGUCCAAGGAUUUCAGAACGAAGUCUUCCCCGAGCCCAUGUUCACUUGGACCCGUGUCGGGAGCCGGCUCCUGGACGGCAGCACCGAACAUGACGGGAAAGAGCUGGUGUUGGAACGCGUGCCGGCCGAACUGAACGGCUCGAUGUAUCGCUGCACGGCGCAGAACCCUUUGGGCUCCACCGACACCCACACCCGGCUGAUCGUGUUCGAAAACCCCAAUAUUCCAAGAGGAACAGAAGACGCCAAUGUCGCUUUGGAACUGACGUGA